GCCGGCUGGAUUCGAACUCGGGAGCCUUCACUCCAAAGUCCAGCACUGAUGCCACUACACCAGCAGCCAGUGCGAGUGUAUAUGUACUUUAAUAAUAAGUUUACUUUGAACUUUGAGAUUGCCAAUACGAGGGUGUGGUGAGGCGACAGAUGGGAAAAGUGAAGUGAAGCUCCUUCAACUAUGAUGGGGAAAUCGUGUUGCCAGAAGGAGAAUAUGGGAGGCAGGAUAUGAGAAGUUCCCUGUGGGACUUGGUGGGGUUAUACAAGAUGUCAGUGGCAAUCUGACUCCUGAGAUGGACGCAGUGAGAUCCAGAAAAGUUUCCGAGAUGGUCCAGAUGAGUGAGAGGACAAAGGAUGAAGAUGCGGCGCCGCCGCAUGGUCUUAAUGCUGUGUAUGGCAGGACUGUGCCUGAUCUCCUUCCUGCACUUCCGCAAGGCCCUGUCCUACAUCACGUUCUCCCGCGAGCUCUCUGUCUUCAGCCCUUCCCUCAGGUCCAUGUUCGUCGACUCUCACCUCUUUUGGAAGCAGAACGAGGAGGAGGAGGAUGCGAGUGCCAGUCUGGGUCUCCAGACGGCGCCCGGUGCUCACCAGGCAGGCUGGCCACAUCUCCACCGAGCCCAGUUCCAUCUGAAAGAUGACGAGACAGAGUACUUCAUACGGACCAAGGCGGGAGCCAUUUGCUUCAAGCAGGGAACCAAAACGGAGAGCAGGAUGGUGGGUUCGAUGGAGGGAGCCAAUCCCUGGGGCCACGGUUCCGUGGACAAGGCACUGACUCGUGAAGCAGGUGGCAGUGGGAGGCUGAGGCGUAGGUGGGUUGGGUGCCCUUGUCUCCCGGGCUGGCAUGGGCCCUACUGUGGAGUGCCCACCAUGGUCCAGUAUUCCAACUUGCCCACGAAAGAGCGCCUCACCCCGCGGGCUACGUCUCGCAGGGUCAUCAACGCCAUCAACAUCAACCACGAGUUUGAUCUGCUGGACGUCCGGUUCCAUGAGCUGGGAAAUGUAGUUGAUGUGUUCAUCAUCUGCGAAUCCAACUUCACCGCCUUUGGAGACCCCAAACCACUGAAGUUCAUUGAGAUGCUCCUGAAUGGGAGCUACAGCUACAUAGCUCACAAGAUCCUGUAUGUGUUCCUGGACCACUUCCCCAGCGGAGGCAGGCAGGAUGGCUGGAUUGCUGACGACUACCUGCGGACCUUUCUCAGCCAGAACGGGAUGAGCCGAAUCACCCAGCUCCGCGACGACGACAUCUUCCUCAUCAACGACGCCGAUGAGAUCCCGGCCCGCGACGGAGUUCUCUUCCUUAAACUCUUCGAUGGGUGGACGGAGCCUUUCGCCUUCCACCUUCGCAAGUCUCUCUAUGGCUUUUUCUGGAAGCAGCCGGGGAGCCUGGAGGUGGUGUCGGGCUGCUCUGUGGCCAUGCUGUUCAUGGUGUACAACGGAGACGGCAUCAAGCUGCGGCGGAGAGAGUACUACCUGAUGCCAAACUUCCGGCAAUACGAGAACAGCACCGGGCACAUCCUGGUGCCGUGGUCGCUGGGAAGCGCACUUCACUUCGCCGGCUGGCACUGCUCCUGGUGCUUCAGGCCAGAGGGGAUCCGUUACAAACUGCUGUCGGCCCAGAAUGGCGACUUCCCCCGCUGGGGGAACUACCAGGAGAAAAGGGAUCUGAACUACAUCCAGGAGCUGAUCCAGACUGGGGGCUGGUUUGACGGUACUGAGCAGGAGUAUCCGCCUGCGGACCCCAAAGAGCACAUGUACGCCCCCAAGUAUCUGCUGCAAAACUUUGAGAGGUACAAGUACAUGUUGGAGAACCCGUACCGAAAGCAGAGCUGGGACCGGGGGCUGGGGAGAGCUGCUGAAAUGUACAAUCAGAGUGGGAAGAUUACAUAAGAGGCACUGACAACAACUGCGACACUGGAAGGUCAGGGUGACCUUGCAUCAUCUACUGUCUGGCUUCUUGCCACUACAUGGGACCUGUGGACUUUGAAAACUUCUCUGUACUGCUGCCAUUCAGGCCGAUCUGCACCUGCACUUUCUCACUACAUCGGCUGCGUCCGCGUCUCCAGCCCCUUCAGUUUGAGCCAAGCUGCUUUCUCUCUUUUUUCUCUUCCCCCCCACCCCCCGCCAGACUUCUGCUCGAGGUCUCUCUCCACGUCCCUCACCCUCACCCGGAACUGUUCUGCACCCGAGGUGCAUUGCACGCCAGGUCAGCAGUUGGUGAGGUUCCCCUGGAGAUUGGAGACCGCUAGCGGAGUCCCCGGCAGUGCUGGGGAGGGAGUGGGACAGGGGCGUGGAAGACAGUGAGCCGGUCUGUACACAAGGUCAGACUGAAAUAACCUUUCUCACAAAAUGUGGCUCCAUUGAAUCUGUGUAAAUUUACACAAGAAGAAAUGGGGGCUCCUCAGGGGGGAGAGAGGCAGUGAUGAAAACAGAGGGUUGUUUUGGGGGGGGGGUCAUGGUUGGAUUGAGGAAGAGGACAGGAGAUCGGGUCUGUAACUCAAAUCCGCUGCCUGGUCAGUUGUGUGAAGUGCAAUCUAUGUUCACACUUGGCCAUGAAUUUGCACACUCCAGUAGAGGGAACAAGGAUGAUCAGAGGGCAAUGAAGGGCAGGUGUUUGGGGUAGUGGGAGAUGGGGAGGGGGUGUUAAAUGAGCGCAGUGAGUAUGGGAUACCGUGUCAUUAACCCCAUUAGUUUGUGUGGGGUGAAUCCUGUAGCCCUGGUAAAUGCUCAGAGAGUGUGACACCUGGUGGAAGGGUUGAGAACCCUUGGGGUACCAGCAAGCUCCCUUGAUCCUGAUCAGAAUCCCUACCCAGGAAGAGCUGAGCCUGCAACCCUGCAGCUGCAGACAGUCCCUGCUCUCAGAGGAGCUUGGUCACAAGCCCGAAGCGGGGGUGGUGGGGCCGUGGGGGGGCGGGGGGCCUGCCUCAGUACUCACGAUCUUCCCCACUCUGUGCAGCUGGAUGUGCAAAUCCAAGACCCAGAGACUAGCCUGCGCCACAGGGAGGCACUCUGCUGGGAGCGAGGUGGGGGGUGCGUGUGAUCAGGCAGCAAAAAAUGAAACAAUUAUUUAAUGGGUUGGGAAAUUGCUGCUGUUGUUGACUGAGCACUGGAUCCCAGAGUUGUCGUCUCCCCCCCCCCCCCCCACCCUGGCCCGGUGUGCUCACAAGAAGAACAGAGCUGGGUUUAGGCAAACUGGGAAUUGAAGUUGGAAUGGUGACCCACGCUAUUUAGUCCCAGGCAUCAGCCACUUGCCCCUACUGCACGCACCGAUUGCCUCACUGGAACUUGCUUGUUGAAGAACUUACUUUGAAAAAAGGUUGAGGGCUGGGCUGGUUUUCACUCGGCUGUAUAUAUGGCUGAUGAGUUUAACUGUGUAACGUCUUCUCGCGGGGAACUUUCUGUGAAAUUGUCAGGAGUCAUCCGCUGUGGCCGGGCUCGUCCCGGCAAAGUGGCACGUACAGUUCCCUGUGCAUGUCGGCGGUCCCUUGCACUGCAGUCUACAAUGAAGGGACAAACCACUGAAGCGCCGGGAACCGGGCGGCAGCUCUGCCUUCGCACCGGCAGACGUCGCUGUUCGCCCGCGCCUGGCUGUCUUUAAAGCACUAAUAAGGUGGCAGAGGGUGAGAAGGUUUCCCCAAGGCACAGCGUCUCCCCAGGGGCACAGCUACCAAGCGUGCUUGUGACACCCCAGACAUUGGCCCCUUGCCCUGGCCUGAGCCACGGGCACUGCCACUCCUGGGACAUGGGAUGGAGCCUCUGGUUGGGUGCCCCAUUGGUUAUAAGGGUGCUCGGUGUGAUCGAGAUGGUUGGAGAAUGAGCAGCUACUGUGUUAAAAUGCCCAUUCAGUCUGACUGUCGGGUGGGUGACUGAUCUCAGUGUUUGGAUAAUAUGGUUUCAUUCAAGGAGAGCUCUGUUCCACAAGCUGCCCUUCCAUUCCAUGGGGUCUGGGCUAGAAGGGGCAAGACAGUGUGCUUGGGAUGGUCCCACCCUGUGUCACAGCUGGCUCCACUGCAUAGCUGUUGGUCCAGCUCUCCUACAGUCACCACUCGCUCUCAUUUUGGAACGAACACACCUCGGUCAGCAGUGUGGCCCCUGGGCUUGGACUCCCUGCUGCCCACCAACACUGUGUGCAAGGAGUCAGUGUCAACUGUACCUUUGUAAUAAUGUUUGCGUAAAAUAUUUACCCAUGGCAUUAAAUUGUACAUAAUAAAAUGAUUGUGCUGGUUUCAUUUGU